GACUGCACCUUCUUCAAUAAGAAGGACAUCCUCAACCUUCUCUCUGGGCCCCAACAAAGACUGACCGCCUCUGCCAGGCAAGCCCUCUCCACUGUCCACGUCUCAGGUUCACGUGGGACAACUGAGGCCCAGAGCCCAGAGAGGGCAAGGAGCAAGAACCUGCCCAGCAACACACAGCAGGCUCCAUGCACGGUUCUAUGAGCUGGCCCCCAACCUCGUCCCUAUGGACUACAGGAAGAGCCCCAUCGUCCAUGUGCCCAUGAGCCUCAUCAUCCAGAUGCCAGAGCUCCGGGAGAAUCCCUUCAAGGAAAGGAUCGUGGAGGCUUUUUCUGAGGACGGAGAGGGAAACCUCACCUUCAAUGACUUUGUGGACAUGUUUUCCGUGCUCUGUGAGUCGGCUCCCCGCGAACUGAAGGCAAACUACGCCUUCAAGAUCUACGACUUCAACACCGACAACUUUAUCUGCAAGGAGGAUCUGGAGCUGACGCUGGCCCGGCUCACCAAGUCGGAGCUAGACGAGGACGAGGUGGUGCUCGUGUGUGAUAAGGUCAUCGAGGAGGCCGAUCUGGACGGCGAUGGCAAGCUGGGCUUUGCCGACUUUGAGGACAUGAUCGCCAAGGCCCCUGACUUCCUCAGUACUUUCCACAUCCGGAUCUGAGGACAGUGCAGGUCGCAGGGGCCUUAGCCGACCAGUCCAGCUCUGCUCUCUACACAAGUGUGACCUCCAAGCUCCGCGGGAAAGGAGCUGUGGCCUCUGGGGUUUACACCCACGAACAUUUCCUUGGCCCUUUCAGCAAAAAAAUCCUUAACCAGGGAAGGGGGGAUAUGAGGAGCAGGGCCCUUCCCAGGCCCCCUGUGGUCUGCCCAGGACCCAUGGUCCUGCCACAGGCCCUCCCCCACCUCCCCCACACCCCAGUCCUCUGCCCAUCAGAAAAGGCCCCACUGAGAGGGGAAGGCAGAACACCUAACAGGUCAGGGGGUACUGACUUGUCCAAGUGCUGGGCAGACACCCCAAUCACCCAGGGCAAAGUGAAUAAAAAAGAGGACAAGGUUUUAACAAGCUAUGCAAUCUCUCUCCAAAACCCACAGCUGGGCUGCACACCCCCCC